GUUCUUUCAAUGUUUCGUUUUUGAGUAAGAUGGAAGGAAAUUAAUUUAAUUUUUAAGUACUGUUCUUUAUAUGUAAUAGUUUCGUUAACUAGUACAAACCACAGUGAUAUUGGAGCCAGUGGUGGAAUUAGAAUACAAAAGUGAGAAUAACUUUAGCAGUUAUUUAUGUGAAAUUUCAACAGCAAAUUUGUUUUAUUUUUUAAUAGAAACUAAAGAAGUUUAGAUUAUCUUCUUUUUUUUCAUUCUGGUAGUAAGAAACUAUUUGAGUAAUUUUAGGUGUUGGUCUGAACUCAACACCAUUCCUACUGGGAGACAUAUACAAUUGGAAAUUCAUUUUGGGGUCAUAAUAAAUAAUACAAAAUGUCUUUCCGUGAGAAACAACAUACGAUAGAAGAAGAGAAAAAUGGCGGUUUCGGAGAUCCAUAUUCAGCGGAUGAGUACCAAUAUCUACAAGCAUCACUGACCAGGAAACUGGGCCCAGAGUAUGUUUCCCGGAGGUCUGGUCCAGGUGGAUUUUCAGUGAGCUAUAUUGAAUCUUGGAAAGCAAUCGAACUUGCUAAUGAAAUUUUUGGAUUUAAUGGAUGGUCAUCCUCUAUAAGAAGUGUGAAUAUUGACUUUCUGGACGAAAACAAAGAAACCAAUCGAGUGAGUUUAGGACUAAGCGUUGUGGUUCGAGUGACUAUUAAAGAUGGAGCAUAUCAUGAGGAUAUUGGUUACGGAUCAAUUGAUAACUGUAGAGGAAAAGCAUCAGCGUUUGAAAAGUGCAAAAAAGAGGGAACCACGGAUGCCUUAAAACGUGCUCUCAGAAACUUCGGAAACAGUCUUGGAAAUUGCAUGUAUGACAAGUAUUAUCUACGAGAAAUUGGAAAAAUGAAACCGCCAGCAUAUCAACUUGAUAGUGGUGAUUUAUUUCGCAAGUCAGAAUCUGGAUCGAGAGGAGAAUUUAUGAAAAUGAGUAAUGCCUCGGCAAAAGCCAACAAUAGGCCGGUCGUCAAAAAUGAAAAAUCCGUCCAUCCAUCUGCUGUCAAUUCAAGGCCGGAGAACAGAGAUCCAGAAAUGUAUUCUGACGAGGAAUUGGAUAAUAUCUUUGUAGAAGAUGAUAUGAUUGCCCAUUUGGCAGUUACUGAUACGGGUUCUCCCGCUAAUAAGUCAUUUGAAGACUCCGAUGCGAAACCCAAAUCAGGUUCGAAGUCUAUCCAACGUAAUAAUACAUAUCCUAUGAUUGGACCUCCACAAACGAUGAACGAAAAGGUGAAUUCUAAUGGACCAGGUUUGCCUCCAAAGGUCGAUCAACUAAGUCUCAAUGGGCCUUCUCCUUCUUCAGCAAAAUUCAUUAGUGCUCGUGCUGCUGCUGCUGCCGAGGGAGCUGUUUCCGCUCCUAAUUCUGCAAAUUUUAAUCCUCGGUUGGAUAGUCCAUCAAUACGAAAAUCGUCUGUGGUGGACCAUUCAAAAUCAGUUCCAGUUCAUAGAUCAGUAGUGAAGCCUGCUGAAAGAGCCCAGACUCGACCUAACGGAAAAGUUGGAGCGCCGCCUAAUGUCUCUCUUGAGCAGCGGAGAUCUUCAGGUACAAAAAGGUCUCUUCAAGACACUACUUCUUCUCGUCAAAAUUCAAUGGAAACAAGUCAAGUAAAUGUUACGUCAGGUUCUGAAACCAAUCCGAAAGUCUUGCAAGAUGACCCUGGAAUCGAUAAAAAACAUAAAACAAGUUGAUUUCAUUUCCUAAACAUUCUUUUUUUUUUAUUUUACGAUGUAUCAGUCCGGGUACUUUAAUUAUGUAGAUUAGUCUUUUAAGAUAAUAUUUAAUCCAAACCACCUUUUUGUGAUGACCUUAAAUAAUAAUCAG